CUAUGUGUGGAAUUCAGCAUGCUGGCUAUCCGUAAAAGACGUAGAAGACCUCAGCAGGAUGCUGAAGAUAACAUCAUAUUUGAAACUGAAAAGCCUGGUCUUCAAGAGCAGUACAUCAGCAAAUAUAAAGGCCGUGGCGUUUUCACCACUGAAUCUUUCUGCAGAGGAGACUUUGUUCUUGAAUACAGAGGUGAACUUCUGAGUUCAAAGGAGAGUCUUGAACGAACUAAAAACUACACUGAAACUGAGAGCACAUUCUUGUUUGAUUUUCAGUGGCAUGGAAAAUAUUGGUGUAUGGAUGCAUCCAAGGAAGACAAGUCCCUGGGAAGACUUGUCAACGAUGAGCACAAAAAUCCAACUUGCAAAAUGAGAACUGUUGAAGUGAAGAAAAAGCCUCAUCUUUGUCUAUUUGCUGUACGAGACAUUUUACCAGGUGAAGAAAUCACUUACAACUAUGGCGACUCGGACUGGCCGUGGAGAGCCAAGUCUUUAAAUGAACCGUCAACAGAAUCCAGUGAUGUAAAAUCAGUCAGCAGUUUGGGCCCACAGAAAUCGCAGCGGUUUCAAUCAAGAAUGUCAAAGUUGCGACAACAUCAUGAAGAUUGUUAUAAUCGCUUUAAAAGAGCAGAGACUGAGAGGAAUGAGAGUGAAAAGAAACAUCUCAAGCUAUUGCAUGAUCAGGUCACUAAACAGCUGUCACAAAAGAUUGCUCGGUGA